AUGCCACUAUUGCGUAACGUGCUGCGUCCACUCUACUCAAACGGACGGCGAGCACACCAGAUGACGACCACCUUCCGACCUGCGGAACGCGUGCGGGUAGAGUUUACGACUCUCGCAGCCGAAUGUAACGCUGUAAAUCUUGGGCAGGGUUUCCCAGACGGGCCUAUGCCGAUGUUCAUGUCUGAUAUACUGAAGGAGGUUGCUGCACAUCCAGAGAAAACAGCAUGGCAUCAGUACACCCGAGUUGAGUUUCCCUUCGGGCAUCCUCGUCUUGUCAACGUACUUGCGAAAUUAUAUAGUGGUCUCUACUCAAGGCAAAUCAGUGCCAACGAUGAGGUUCUAGUCACUGUUGGUGCUUAUCUGUCGCUGUAUUAUUCAUUUAUGGGAUUCAUUAACCAUGGAGACGAAGUUUUGAGUAAGGUUCCGUAA